CUGCUUGCCCCAGUGAUUCAGUGAAGGCAAGUUGAUAGCAAAAGAAUACAAGCUCAAAGUCUCAAACACAUCCGCAAAAAUAACAUUCAUUAUCAUUAACGUUAUCAGUAAUCAAUGAUGGAAAUAGCUCUCCUCCUCGCGAUCUCUCUUCCUCUGCUCUUGCUUUUCACACUUCGAAAUCACUAUGUCCGCAAGUCGAGUCGCCGCCCACCAGGUCCCCGUGCCCUCCCAUUAAUAGGAAACAUGCACCAGUUUGACAGCUUAAACACUCACGUCUACUUGUACAAACUUUCCCAGAAGUACGGCCCUCUCAUGUCUUUACAGUUAGGCUCCGUUCAAACUCUAGUCAUCUCCUCCGCUGCUGCAGCCAAACAAGUUUUUAAGUACCAUGAUCUCUGCUUUUCAAGCAGGCCAACUCUAGUUGGCUCGCAAAGAGUAUCCUAUAACGGCAUAGAUGUUGUCUUUGCACCCUAUAACGAGUACUGGAGGGACAUGAGGAAAUUAUGUAACUUACAUCUUUUUAGUUCUAAAAGGUCUCAGUCUUUUCAACCUAUCCGUGAACAAGAAGUUGCCCGGAUGGUUAAAACUAUUUGCGCUGCUGCUGCUGAUUCUAAUGUUGUGAAUUUGAGCAAAAUUCUUAAAACUUUGACGAGCUCAAUCAUAUUUAAAAUUACCUUUGGCAGAGGAUACCAUGAUGAAGACGGUGAUCAUAAUAUGAGUAGUAGAUUUUAUUGGCUAUUAUCUGAAACUCAGGCCAUUUUCGGAAGUUUCUUUGUUGCAGAUUAUUUUCCUCUAGUAGGUCGAUUGAUUGAUAGGCUUAGUGGGGCAUGUGAACGUCUGGAGAAGAGUUUCAUUGCAUUGGACGCUUUUUAUCAACAACUCAUUGAUGAACAUCUUCAUGCAUCCUCUGUAUCUGGCCAAGAGUGCAGCAUCCUCGACAUCUUGCUGCAGAUGAAAAAGGAUUCAUCUGAGUUCACGAUUGAUCAUGUCAAAGCAAUAUUAAUGAAUGUUAUAAUUGGAGCAUCAGAUACAAGUGCAGCAGCUGUGGUAUGGGCCAUGACUCUGUUAAUCAAGAACCCCGCAAAAAUGAAGAAGGCACAAAAGGAGGUGAGAGAGGUCACCGGAGAAAAAGGAUUUGUAGCCGAAAACGACGUGCAAAAGCUUGUUUAUCUUAAAGCAGUAGUGAAGGAGGCAAUGAGAUUGAACCCACCUAUUCCACUUCUUAUUCCCCGCCAAACAAUUGAAAAAUGUGUGAUCAAUGGGUACGAUAUUGAAGCUAAAACACUUGUCUACGUAAAUGCAUAUGCUAUAGGAAAGGAUCCUGAAUGUUGGGAAAAUCCUAACGAGUUUUUGCCUGAGAGAUUCAUGAUGAGUAGCAUUGAUUUUAAAGGACAGGAUUUUGAGCUGAUACCAUUUGGGGUAGGACGGAGAAUAUGUCCAGGAAUGGCAAUGGGAGUGGCUACGACGGAGCUAGCGCUAGCUAAUCUUCUCUACCCUUUUAACUGGGAAUUGCCUCCCGGUGAAGAUAGGAAAGAUAUUGACAUGGCUGCCCUGCCUGGUAUAACAAUGCACAAGAAGAAUCAUCUUUGUCUUGUCCCAGAAGUCAUUACAUAAGUAUCCCGUGCGUAUAUCAGUGGUCAUACAUCAGGAAUAAAAUGUGUGUGAAGGCGUCGACCGUUGUUUUUGUGUACUCCCUCCGUCACCCACUCACCCUCAAUUAUUAAUACCGGAGGAUGAAGGCUCGG